CCACAGCGUGUGGUUCUCUGCUUGUCUGCUUUUUUCAUCGAUGCGGCUCCGGCUGCCCUCGUCGCUCUCCGCUGCUAUUACCCGUCGCUCCAAUCACCGUCCAAUAGCCCCUCUGCCAUGGCCACUCAUCAUCGGCAGGCAGCACAGGCGGUUCCACACGAUGGACACCCACGUGCUGCCGCUGGACAGCAGCGAUGGGAGCGUGCUGAUAAGGGGCGGCGUCAGCCAGAGGAAUGUGUGCGGCGUGAGCUUCACGCUGGAAGACAGUAAGGGCAGCCUGCUUCACGCACUGGUCAGCAAGCACAACAGAGACUCACACACAGACAGACGAUGAUUGAGUGAUUGAUUGCUUUGACUGUCCGUCUGUCUGUCUGUCUGUGUUUAUUGUCGCACCAAUUGUUGAUCCAGCGUAUUUUCGGUGAGUCGCUGAUGGGGGGUGCUCACCUGACACAGGGGGAGGGAGGGAGGGAUAAUUCACUCAUUGCUUGUCUGUCAGAUAAGCACAAUGUGAACCUCACUCGCAUCGAAAACCGGCCCUCGCCACUCAACACACAUGAACAGUCAGUCAAGGCACACACGAACACUCAACACACAUACACCGCGUUCCGUACCUGGCUGCAGGAUGUUCUACGUGCACUUUGAGGGCCAAUGGGACGACGGGACCGUGCAGAGUGUGGUGCGCGAGCUGGAGAACUCGCCCGAGUUCAUCAAGGGCCACGUGCACCGACUGCGGAGCAGCGAGGUGCCGUGGUUCCCAAGGCGGCUCGCGGACAUCGACCAGUUCUCAAAAUCGACUCUCGACGCCGGCACAGGUACCCACAUGCGUGCCUCUGUGCGUGUCUGUGUGUCCAUUCAGAUAUGUGUGUGUGUGUGUCAGAUUUGGACAGUGACCACCCUGGUUUCUCUGAUCCUGAGUACCGCAAGAGGAGGGAGCAGAUUGUCGAGCAGGCGGCACAGUAUAGAUCAGGCACGCCCAUAUACAAGACACACACACACACACACGCAGAGACAGGGACAGAGAGAGCGAGAGAGAGAUGUGGCCUGUUCGUCUAUUCAUUCGUGCGUGCAGGGCAGGCGAUUCCACGCAUAGACUACUCCGAGUCAGGUGAGUGCACCCACACACAAGAACACACGUGCCACAUCUACCACGCGUAUCGUCUGUCCAUCUGUCUAUCUAUCAGAGGUUGGGACGUGGGCGUGUGUGUACGACAAGCUCAAGACGCUCUUCCCCGACAUGGCCUGCAACGAAUUCAACGACGCACUCAGGGAGCUCGAGGCCGCCAGCAUCUACUCGUCGUCCGCCAUCCCGCAGCUGCAAGACGUGUCCGACUACCUGCAGAGGCGAACGGGUAGUUAAUGAUUCUGUACUAUGAAAAUGCGGAUGGAUGGAUGGAGAAGAUGGACACAGAGAAUGGCCCCCUCUGUGUGUUGUGAUGCAUUGCAGGUUUCACGCUGCGGCCCGUCACGGGUUUGCUGAGCGGCCGGGACUUCCUCAACGCUCUCGCCUUCAGGGUCUUCUUCUCCACACAGGUAAGUACCCGACUCACGUGAGUGCAUCGUCUGUGUGUCCACCACAUGUGUCUGUGUCUGUGUCUUUUUUCAGUACAUCCGGCACCACAGCCAGCCCUUAUACACGCCCGAGCCCGACGUCUGCCAUGAGCUCAUGGGACACGCACCAAUGCUGCUCAACAAAGUCAGUUGCACCAACUCACCACUCACUCUACACAUGUACAUGUGCCUGUGUGUGCAGGAUUUUGCGGAUUUCUCGCAAAUCAUCGGCUUGGCGUCUUUGGGUGCGACUGAUGAGGACAUCCGGCGGCUGGCGACGUGCUACUGGUUCAGUGUAGAGUUCGGGGUCUUGUAUCAGGACGGCGGCAUCAAGGCCUAUGGGGCUGGCCUGCUCUCGUCCUUCGGCGAGCUGCAGCACGCCACCUCACCCACCAACACAAAGGUAGACUGGCAGAGGGGCAGACACGCAGAAAUGAAUGUGUGGUCACGUGUGUGUGUGUGUGUGGAUGUAGGUUGAGAUCCGAGCGUGGGACCCGUGGGUGGCGUGCAGGCAGGAGUACCCCAUCACCACAUACCAGCCCAUCUACUUCGCCGCCACGUCGCUCGCCGAAGUGAGUCAGUCACUCGAACACACAGUCACCCACAAAUGGAACGUUGGGCAAUGAUUGUAAUGUUGCGUCGUGUGCGUGGUGUGCUCCUGCAGGCGAAGGAGAAGAUGCUGUCCUUCUGCGAGUCGAUCAAGAAGCCCUUUUGCAUCCGAUACGACAGCGAGGCGCGGUGCGUCGUCACCGACACAGCCAUCACACCGAAACCCGUAUCAAUCAAAUUCUGACUAUCUGGGAGAUGGAAGACAGACAGGCAGGCAGACAGACAGACAGAGGCUGGUGUGUCCCCUGUAGACAUACAUACACUAGAGAUUAGUAGUUGUCGUCACGUCGCCGUCUCUUUUUCCGUGUGCGAGUGCGUGCGUGUGUGUAUUUAUUUAUUGGUGGCACGCUGUGUGCAUUUGUGGUGGACGGACCGACAGAUGGACGGACACGUGUGGAAAGCAGAAAGACAGACGAAGAGAAGUCGACGUCCGGACGUUUGUGUGUUGUGUGUGCAGCGAGCUGAUGUGUGUAAGUCCCCCAGCCUCCAUCCCUGC